AUAAUGACAUAUUAUUUCAUUUUAUUUAUUUAGUAUUACGUUUUAGUGGCAUUAUGAUAUCUGGUAGUUAUAUAGUUAAUGUUGGAGAUUUUUCUGGCAUUUAUUCAGGAAUUGUGUUUGCUAUUUGUAAUACGGUUUCAUCAUUCGGCGGAUUUUGUGCACCUUAUAUUACGAAUGUCAUAACAAGACAUAAAACAACUGCUCAAUGGCGUAUAGCAUUCCUGAGUUAUACCGGUAGUUUUAUAAUAUCAUUCAUUGUAUUCAUUUUACUUGCUCAAGGUGAAAUACAACCAUGGGCAAAAGAUAAAAAUGAUAAUUCUGAUGGUGAUGUUGAACUUAGAAAAGAUUUAUUUGAAUCAGAUGAUAAAAACGAUAUUGUCACCUAA